AUGGCCUCUCUUCGAACUGCUGCUCGGCUAUCCAAGUCGCUGCGCCCAGGUCCUUCCCGACUCAACGCGGUCUCCUCCCGCUUCUACUCUUCCGAAAAAUCCGACAGUGCAGACAUUGAGUUCAUACUUGGAGCGCCAAACUGGUCUGUCCGGUCGCUGCUCCCGAACCCAGCUUCAAAGCCGCCGCCGUCAAUCACGCCGAAACAACUCCAUCAUCUACUCCGCAUAUCAGCUCUUCCCCAGCCUGUCAAUCAAGAAGAAGAGCAGUCGAUGCUUGAUACACUCGAGUCACAAAUCCAUUUUGUGAAGGAGAUCCAACUUGUUGAUACUACUGGCGUCGCGCCGCUGGCUAGAAUCCGUGACGAAAGUCCUGCUGCUAUAGAAGAAGAAACAAUUGGUAUCGAAAAGCUCAGGGAGGCUCUGUCUAAGGAAAAAGUGUCCGGACGAAGGGGGAAAAUCCAGCGUAUCCCAGGCGAGAAAAACGAUCGUCCGGACGGAACAGCUUGGGAUGGGAAUGCGCUCGGGUCCGCUACAAAGACAAAGGGGAAAUAUUUUGUUGUUGAAAUCGACAAUUGA